GUCGAUGUAAAGUCGUAGGAAAAUAUCUUCGGACCAAACGAACUGAAGAGUAAUUCACCACAAUAAACGCCACAUUACUUCAAAUGAGGCCAAAAGUAAGCGACUGCAUACAACAACAAUAAUCAGCAGAAGACGAACGAAGCUUUACGCAAGAAAAAAAAAAAAAACAGCGACAACGAAGGGAACUCCGAGGAUCAUAAACAGACUUGUGAUUGCCGUAACAUCAUGGGAAAUGACAUUUCCAAUUUACGUGCUCCUAUCACGGUUAAAAACAAAACAACAAAGUCGAUCCCUGCUAAAGGUCCUUGUGAGUUUGAAAUUCCCAAGCGGUACGACCCGAAUGAAAGGCGAGACUCAAAUAUUUCCAACAACAAAAUCACCAUUCAGGAAAUAGAUAUGGCUAUUUAUUCUAACCCUGAGAUAAACGAACACAUGGCAGCACCAGCUCCCUCCCCUCCCCCACUUGGGACGGUACUGUUCGAGAUUCGCUUCGACAUCUACGAGGAACAACUAAACAUUCAUCUGAUUGGGGCGCGAAGGCUCCCGGUCAGACACUUGGUGACCGAGCCGGGCGUGGCCUCGCAUGGCGGUGUCAUCAAAAGUGAUCCAAUGGUUGAAAUUUGUCUGCUUCCUGAAGAGAAACCUGUCUUUGAGAGUUACACUCACUUUGGUAAUCAGGAUCCACAGUUUAAUGAAAAUUUUUCCUUCAAGCUCACGUCCGCCGAAGUGAACGAGAAAACUUUGCGCUUUACUGUAUUUGACAACAAACGGCGGCAUAGACUUACGCCGAUAGGUCACACACUGUACUCUCUGAAGGGACAAGAGUUGGACGGAGCUAUGACAAUGGAGAGAAAUCUUAAACUUAACUCACAGCCCUAUGGCCACACUCGCGGCGAAAUUUUGUUAUCACUGGACUAUAACCCGGCAAUGAACACAAUCAUGGUGGGAAUCAUAAAAGCGAGAAACCUGAUACACUUUGACGCUCAUUCAAACAAAGAAUUUUUUGUCAAAAUCACAGAAGUCUUUUCUGGACAUAAGGUAAAGACAAAACGUACUCCUACCACAGACGGAGAGAAACACCCAAUUUUCCAUAGCACCCUCUCGUUCCAGGUCCCUGUCCAACGUCUUAGCUACACGAGCCUGGUACUGACUCUCUUGGGACGCGGAAAAAUGAGAAGCAAAAAGACAGUUGGCCGCGCCAUCCUGGGGCCUGGUAUUUAUGAGUGCGAUAGCGAGAGAAGUCACUGGGGACGAAUGAUCAUGUCACCGCUGAUGAGGGUGGAACAAUGGCACGCACUAUACUUAUAACAGUAAAAUGUCUACGAUGCGUUCUUGUAUACAAUUACUUUUGAGAAGUAGAUCACGCACUAAAAUCCAAUCAAGGAUUGUUACAUAGACUUGAGGUCUCGUAGGCAAAGCAGCUUUCACGUCUAAACUGUUGUAGUUAUUAGAGGUCUAACUGACCGUGAUCUAAAACAAGGAGUCUGGGUGUCAAAAAAUAAUGUUUUGUACGUAUGAAAUUCACGGCGAACGGCAAACGUAAAAAAAAAUCACUUUAUUUUCCUCACUUUUACUCAACUUACUUUUAGGAUAAAAAAAGUGAAACAUCGAAUCAAAUUCCUCAUUCACAGUAAACUCAAUUUGUACUUUUUAAUAUACAAACGCCCGUGAGCAGACGAAAAAAGAUCGAAUUUGCUUUUGCCGCUCACCGUUUGCCAUCGAUAUCAUUUGUCCUAUGAAACGUCAAGUCGGUCCAUUUUAUCGUCAUUAUUAUUAUUAUUAUUAUUAUUAUUAUUAUUAUUAUUAUCAUUAUUAUUAUUAUCAUUUUACUCAUUGCGUUUUUAUACCUGUUUAUGCUUAAUCUCUGACCUUCCGUUUUGAA